CACGCGCGCAUAUAUAAGGACGGACCCGGGCUCUUCCUCGUAGUGCCGCUGGGACCGUUGGCGGGGAAGGGUGGGCGGUAACUUGCAGGCUACUCGCGACCUGGGCCCUGAAGGCUGCACAGCAGAGCGCACGACUCGGUCAACAUGUCGCGUUACGGGCGGUACGGAGGAGAAACGAAGGUGUAUGUUGGUAACCUGGGAACUGGUGCUGGCAAAGGAGAGUUAGAAAGGGCUUUUAGUUACUAUGGCCCCUUGAGAACUGUAUGGAUUGCAAGAAAUCCCCCAGGAUUUGCCUUUGUGGAAUUUGAAGAUCCUAGAGAUGCUGAAGAUGCAGUACGAGGACUGGAUGGAAAGGUGAUUUGUGGUUCCCGAGUGAGGGUUGAAUUAUCGACUGGCAUGCCUCGGAGAUCUCGCUUUGAUAGGCCACCUGCCCGACGUCCCUUUGAUCCCAAUGAUAGAUGUUACGAGUGUGGCGAAAAAGGACAUUAUGCUUAUGAUUGUCAUCGCUAUAGCAGGAGAAGAAGAAGCAGGUCACGGUCUAGAUCACAUUCUCGAUCCAGGGGAAGACGAUACUCUCGCUCACGCAGCAGGAGCAGAGGACGGAGGUCAAGAUCAGCAUCUCCUCGAAGGUCAAGGUCUGUGUCUCUUCGUAGAUCAAGAUCAGCUUCACUGAGAAGAUCUAGGUCUGGUUCUAUAAAAGGAUCGAGGUAUUUCCAAUCCCGGUCCAGGUCAAGAUCAAGAUCUAGGUCUCUUUCACGACCAAGAAGCAGCCGAUCAAAGUCCAGAUCUCCAUCUCCAAAAAGAAGUCGUUCCCCAUCAGGAAGUCCACGCAGAAGUGCAAGUCCUGAAAGAAUGGACUGAAGUUCUCAAGUUCAUCCUUUAGGGAAGUUAUUUUGUUUACAUUAUUAUAAGGGAUUUGUGGCAUCUGUAAAGUGUAAUUUAGAAAGGAUAUUUCAACCAUUAAUCAAAAUGGAUCUGGAUUAUUCGUAAAUUCAUGGCAGUAAAAUAAUAUAAAUUUUUGUUGAAUGUAUUAACAUGGUCUGAAAAUCUGGGGUUUUGUUUGGCACAUUUAAAUAAAAUGUUUCUAAUAGACUUUUGAUUUGUGUUCAAUAUUAACACUUGAAUUGUUAAACAUCCAGUCAGAUUUAAUUGUUACUAGGCACAUUCAUACAGAGACCUACAUUGAGUUUAAUGAUGUUGGUUAAAUGUUGAACAUCGUCAGCUGUUCUAUACAUAACACUUGGCUGGGAUCUUUAGGGACUUUGAAAGUUACAUUUUACCCUUGUAUUGGAUAAGGUGAUAUCAAGUCCCUUAUAAUAGCAUGGCUAUGACAAAUCCCUAAAUUUAUUUAAAGUUGGUGUCAUUGGAUACUGUCAAACUAAUGUUAAUCUUUCAAUCUAGAGGGACCACUGAUUUGCCUAUAAAUAAGCAUGACAAGAACAAAGCAAAGUUUAUUAAAUGUGAUAGAUAAAGUGAGAAAUUGAUUUUUGGAGGCUUUAGUAGCUAAUUGUUUUCAGGCUUUUGGGUGGGAUGAUUUCUACUCAGUGUUCUUUUGUUUCUUUGUUUUCAAACAAUCUUUUAAUACCAAAACAAAAUGCAUGUGUGAGGAAUUAUCUGAAUUUGGAACAAAAUAUUGUAAACCAGCUUUGCAAAAUUUUCUAGCCCAGAUACUCUCAAUCCCUUAAAAAGGAUUGCCUUACUCUGUUGAAAGAUGUAUUCUAUCCAGGCAAAGAUUUUUUUGAGGUAGAGACCCUGUUUAUAUGUUUGAGGCUGGCCUUGAAGUCAAUAUGUAGCCUAGUGCACAUCUUGAAUUCUCAGGCAGUCCUGCCUCAGCUCCCUGAGGGGGAUUAUAGGUGUGUACCACCACACCCAGCUCCAAACUGUUAUAGUUCCCAACAAUCAUUGUUCUGUUUUGCCAAGCUGGUACAUAAAAAGUAAUUAAAGAUGUUAACCAGAAUUGUUAAUGAGACUUAGAGCAGUUUUGUAAAUCUCACCUAUUUAGCAAUACUUCAUGUAGCUAAUUUUUUUGUUAGUGUCUCUUAGACCUUAUAAUGUUAAAGCCAGUAGGUUCUUACUCAGAAUUUAAAUAUUAAGUAUAGUAGGCAGUGAAACAGUUGAGGGUUUCUGGAAAUGCUUUCACCAGUAUUACUCAGCUCAGUUUAAAAAAAAAAUGUUGGUAGCACAAGAAUCUGCCCUUGUGUAUUUUGUAGGCUUUUCAACAGUCAUUGGAUGGUGUUGGAAUUUGGGAAUAAUGGUCUGCCUCAUUAUAUUUGGUGGUCUAAGUGACCACUAGUGUGUUGAAAAUUACUUGGAUUCUUUGACUUUGGAAUUUUUACAACUGGUUAAAUUAACAUGGUAUAAAGCUAUGUGUGAUUGGCAGGCUUGUCUGUUGCACUUGGUUAGCUUUGUUAUGUAUUCUAUAAAGUUAAGUUUACUGAACAAUAAAUCUGCAGAGAUUGAACAAAUAA